AUGGCGGGGCCUGGGAAGGGCAAGAAGAAGCAGCGGCGGCUGGGGCCCCCCGAAGUAAUUCGGUUUAAAGAAACAAUUCAGUUUUUGCUGCUGAAGAAUUUGGUGGCAGAAGCAAACAAAGACCCGCUGCUGCUGGACCGCGUGCUGCUGCUGCCCACGCAGCAGCAGCAGCAGCAGCAGCAGCAGGGGGAGGAGGACGAGGAGGAAGAGCAGCAGCAGCAAGAGGAGCUGCAGCAGCAGCAGCAGCAGCAACAGCAGCAGGCGGAAGAGCUGCAGGAAGACGAGCAGCAGGAGGAUGAGCACCAAGACGAAGAGCAGCAGGAAGGCGAGCAGCAGCAGCAGCAGCAGCAGCAACAGCAGCAACAGCAGCAACAGCAGCAGCAGCAGCAGCAAGCAGACGAAGAAGAAGACAUGAGGAGGUUUGGGUUGCUGCUGCACCUCUUGGGCCGUCUGGCCGAUGAACUCAAAGCCUCGAAGCCAAAGGACUACCGCUUUUUGUGGGCGCCGGAGCUGCUGGCGCCUUCGCCGCAGUACUGCCCUUCUGGGUAUCCGCUGUAUGUGCUGCGAUACGUGCGGCGGAUUGCUGCAGCAGCAGCAGCAGCAGCAGCAGCAGAAGCAGCAGCAGGUGACGCAGCAGGGGGCGAGGCAGACGGCGCUGCUGCUGCUGCUGCAGCCGUUGCUGUGAGGCAGGCCUCAGAUGCUGCAGCUGCUGCUCCAGAAGACGGGCAGUUCUUGGGCGCUGCGCAGCAGCAGCAGGGGCCUUCCGCAGCAGCAGCAGCAGCAGCAACAGCAGCAGCAGCAGGCCCUGCUUUUGGGGGCUGGCUGAGCGAGGCGCUGCAGCAGCAGGAAGCAGAAGCAGGCAGCAGCACGCACCGCAGCAGCGGCAGCAGCAGCAGCAGCGACAGCAGCAGCAGCUGCAGACUGCAGCUGGACGGACUCAGCGUUUGUUUGCCGCUGGAAGUUUGUGAGCGCUGCAGGCUGUUUUUGCUGCUGCUGCGCAGCAGCGCAGCAGCUGUGCUGCAGCUAGCUGCAGCAGGCCUCAGCAGCAACUUCGCAGGCGGCCUUGUGGGCUUUCUGGGGCAGCUCAAGUCCCGACUGCAGCAGCUAGAUGGCCUUUGGAUUGAAACAGAAGCAAAUCUUGCAAAGAGGCUUUAUGCUGCAGCAAACGAGCGGCUGCUGCCGCUCGUCCUGCUCCUAUUCGGCUUUUAA